GCGGUUCCCGCCAGUUUUUGCUGUUGUCCAGUCCGGGUCGGGUCCCGCGCGCAAUGGCGGUGUUUGACCCUGCCGAGCUGCCCGAGCUGCUUAGGCUUUAUUACCGGAGGCUCUUUCCCUACGCCCAGUACUACCGCUGGCUCAACUAUGGCGGAGUGAUAAAGAAUUACUUUCAACACCGUGAAUUUUCAUUCACCUUGAAAGAUGAUAUUUACAUUCGCUACCAAUCCUUCAACAGCCAGAGCGAGCUGGAAAAGGAGAUGCAGAAAAUGAAUCCAUACAAGAUUGAUAUAGGCGCUGUAUAUUCCCACAGACCCAGUCAACACAAUACAGUGAAGCUAGGAGCUUUCCAGGCUCAGGAAAAAGAACUGGUGUUUGACAUCGACAUGACCGACUACGAUGAUGUGAGGAGAUGUUGUAAUUCCGCAGACAUAUGUUCCAAGUGCUGGACCCUCAUGACGAUGGCCAUCCGCAUCAUCGACCGAGCAUUGAAGGAGGACUUUGGAUUUAAGCACCGUCUCUGGGUAUAUUCUGGAAGGAGAGGUGUUCAUUGUUGGGUCUGUGAUGACUCAGUUAGAAAACUGUCAUCCGCAGUACGUUCUGGGAUAGUUGAGUACUUGAGUCUUAUAAAGGGUGGUCAAGAUGUUAAGAAGAAAGUUCACCUAAGUGAGAAAAUGCACCCUUUUGUCAGAAAAUCUAUAGACAUAAUAAAAAAAUACUUUGAAAAAUAUGCCUUGGUUGAUCAAGAUAUUCUUGAAAAUAAAGCAAGUUGGGAUAAGAUUUUAGCCCUUGUUCCUGAAACAGUUCAUGAAGAACUUCAGCAGGAGUUUCAAAAGCAUCACAGUUCACUUCAGCGUUGGGAGUGUUUGAAAGCCAGCAUGCAUAAGAGUAACAUCAAAAAUGACAAAUGGCUCGAGGAGAUCAUGCUGCAGUACUGUUUUCCACGGUUGGAUGUCAAUGUUAGUAAAGGAAUCAAUCAUUUACUGAAGAGCCCAUUUAGUGUUCACCCUAAAACAGGUCGCAUUUCUGUGCCAAUCGAUUUACAGAAAGUGGAUCAGUUUGACCCAUUUACUGUUCCAACCAUAAGCUCUAUCUGUCAAGAGUUGGAUGUCAUUUCUGCUAAUGAAGAGGAAAAAGAGGACAAAGCUGAAUCUGAUGUCAAACAUAGAACCAGAGAUUAUAAGAAGACCAGUCUAGCUCCUUUUGUAAAAAUUUUUGAACAGUUUCUUGAAAACCUGGAUAAAUCCCGAAAAGGAGAACUUCUCAAGAAGAGUGAUUUACAAAAAGACUUCUGAAGAUAAAAACUCCCAUCAAACUAAAGUGGAUCUCUUCUGUCUUCAACCAAGAAUCAAGUACUUCAAGACCAUUUAAUACAAUGGCAGAACAAUGUAUGUGUUAUAAUAAAGCAAAUUUCCUUCUUUUCUUAAAAAAUAAUUAGGUUGAAAAGACUUCUGAGACCAAAGGAACAUGCCAGGCUUUCUGAAAAGAGGACUAAAGAGAGGAAUAAGUGGAUUUUAGACAAAUUUGUAAAAGUUAAUAUUAUACAAAGAUAAUUCUAAGACUUCUGAUACAAAAAUUCAGUUCUACCAGUUGCCAUGUAUAUAUAAGUAAAUGAGCAUUAGUAUGUCCAAGACUUUAAUCUCAGUUCACUGGAUACAUCCUCCAUAUGUCUGGAGUGAAUAUUCUAGGCAAAUGAGGGCUUUGUCUUUAAGUCUUGGCCACUUAAGUUGUUUUAUCUAGAGUAUAUAGUCAGGAAUUCACUUCCUAAUUUUCUUGCUGACAGAUUUGUUGGUCAGGCCAUACCCCACUCACUACCCAUUUUAAAACUCAUUUUAAACUGGGCAUCUAAAGCCACCAAAACUUCAACUCAAAAUACAUGAGUUACUCAAUUACAAUAGGGAAUAUUUAUUUAUAACUAUUGCAAUUAUAGCUAACUUCUUCCCUCAUGGAACAAUCUGGAUUAAUCUACCAUUAAAAAGCAACUUAGAAAAAAAUAACCAACUUCACCAACAUAAAACCUUUUGUACUUGUCAAAACACUUGGGCUUCUAUAUAUCUAUAUAAUUUAAAGUUUCAUUUCUUCCAUAUUUGACUUUGUGUGACAGAUUCUGAAUUCUUUCUUUUGCUGGGUUUUACCACCAAUCUAAACAAAACAUUUCUGGCUUACAUUUUGUUUUCUGUAACAUUGAGACGCUGGUGCUUUACCACUGUUUUCUUUAUAGUCUUAUUAAUUUUUUUAUUUUUUGGCUUAUAUAACACAUUGUAUAAUGCAGUCAACACACUGAAAUGCCUUGCAUUUCUUUUCUAAUUUUUUAAAAAAUAUUAAAGACUAUUGUGUAGGGCCUCCCCGGUGGCACAGCGGUUGAGCGCUGGGUUGCGAAGCUGCCCACAGCCUCUGCAACGCCGGUUUGAUCCCCGGCUGCUCCCCGGCCACCGGAGGAGGGUCCCACGUGGCGCGCAGACCUCUCCUGCCGCCCGCUGCUCCCCUCAGCAGUGUACUUGGGUCCUUCUGCCUGCUCUGCUCCCGGCUCUGGCUCUGGUGAAUUCUCUCACCCUCCCGCCCUUCUGACUGUACCCAGUGCUUGUAUAAAUAAAAUAAAUAAAUCUUUUAAAAAAAAAAAAAUAAAUAAAGACUAUUGUGUAAAAUUCCUUG